CUGAAGACCUGGGCGCUCUAGGUCUCUGAGAAGCGGAUGGAGAGCUCCAAAUCGUCCUGGAAACGCUUUUUCCGUACAGCAACAUGGCAGCGCCCGUUGGCUCCUAGAAAAAUUUCUUUCCUUUGCUAUGAAAGUGGCGUCUUUCAUGACCACUCUUUAAAGGGUUGCUUCUUUCAUGAUGCAAGUCUGGGAGACGUCGUGCAGUUUUUCUGACAGGGGAUGCGGUGAGAACACUCUCAUCUUUAAGAAUUGAGUGACUUCGUGACUUGGAGGAUGUGGACCUAGUGGCUGGAUUCAAGGACGAACAGUAGAGAAGAGAAUGUCAGUGGUGCAUCAGCUGUCUCCAGGAUGGUUAUUAGAUCAUCUUUCUUUUGUUAACAACAUAAACUACCAACUUCACCAACAUCAUGAGCCUUGUUUCAGUAAAAAUGAACCCACUUCAUCUGCCCACUUUGAUCCUCUUCAAAAGGAUUCUUUGAUGUCUUUGGGAGCCUCUGCUACAUUUAGUGCUUUUGACUCUACCACUAAGCCAGAUAAUGAUGCCAGAGGAAAUUGUAAAAUCGUCAUACAGAGAUAUGUUUUUCGAUCUGAGCUAUUUAAUGUCACCAAACCUUAUAUAACCCCAACUGUUCACAAAGAAUGCCGACCAAGGAAUGAGAAGGAAGAUCCAAUGGAUGGUGUUAAAGAAGAAAACUGCAUUUCUAUUGGGAAGAAGCGUAAAAGAUGUGUCGUUUUCAAUCAAGGUGAAUUGGAUGCUAUGGAAUAUCAUACAAAGAUCAGGGGACUGAUUUUGGAUGGCUCUUCAGAGUUAAUCCAAGAAGGUCUCAAAAGUGGCUUUCUUCAUCCACUUUCUGAAAAAUGGGACAAGUGUAGUGAGCCCAUUACUUUACCAAUUGAUACCUGCAAUUUGUCAGAAUUAUGUGCAAUGGCAAAGCAUUUGCCUUCUCUGAAUGAAAUGGAACUUCAGGUGUUACAAUUGAUGGAUGAAGAUAUGUCUGUUACAGAACAGGAUUUAUUUUCACGGGUUGUUGAAAACAACUCUAGCAUUACAAAAAUGAUUACUAUAAUGGGACAGAAAUACCUGGUGCCACCAAAAAGCAGUUUUCUUUUGUCUGACAUUUCUUGCAUGCAUCCACUUCUGAACUGUAGGAAAACAUAUGAUGUAAUUGUGAUAGAUCCACCAUGGCAGAACAAAUCAGUUAAAAGAAGUAACAGCAUGAACCCCAAUGUGGGACCUGAACUUACGACUUUUAGAUCAAGACCUGAGCUGACACCAAGAGUCAGGUACAGCUAUUUAUCACCACUGCAGAUAAAGCAGAUACCUAUUCCUAAACUGGCGGCUCCAAACUGUCUUGUUAUUACCUGGGUGACCAAUAGACAGAAGCAUCUACGUUUUGUAAAGGAAGAACUUUAUCCUUCUUGGUCUGUUGAGAUAGUUGCUGAGUGGCACUGGGUAAAAAUCACCAAUUCAGGAGAGUUUGUGUUCCCAUUAGAUUCUCCACACAAAAAGCCUUAUGAAGGUCUUAUACUGGGGAGAGUUCGCGAAAAAACUGCUGUACCAUUAAGGAAUGAAGAUGUAAAAGUACUUCCCAUUCCAGAUCACAAGUUAAUUGUCAGUGUGCCCUGUACUCUUCAUUCCCAUAAGCCACCUCUUGCUGAGGUUCUAAAAGACUAUGUCAAGCCAGAUGGGGAAUAUUUGGAAUUGUUUGCUCGAAAUUUACAGCCAGGUUGGACUAGUUGGGGCAAUGAAGUUCUCAAAUUUCAACACAUGGAUUAUUUUGUUGCUCUGCAGUCUAGAAGCUGACUAUGAUCUUAAAGUUGUGAUUUUCUUCAGUUUUCCUUACCCCUUUUUCCCUCAUUCUAAUGGAUAUUUCACUUUUUUACCAACCAGUAUGCUUAGAAAUGUAAAUAGGACUUGGUUUCUGUGCAGAAGACCAGAAGUGACUAGUCUUUAUGUAGUUUUGAGAUGAAUUUACUUCAGUCGCACCAGUAUUCCCCAUUAUUCCAGGUUCACUGCAAAUAAAGAGGUAAGCAGUUAGAAAAAUGACAAGACUUUGUUAUCGAAAAAGUUCGGAAAGCAUGCACUGUGGACCAGAGGUCAUAAUUCUGUCUAUAGAUGUGUUUUAUUUGGCUCAUAUGGUGUCGUAAAAGAAAUUUGAACCAUCAUUCCGAAAAAUCGGGAAAUUUCACAUAAAGUGUAGAUUUUUGCUUUACUUUAAACAUCAGAAGCUUUGGCUGCACUGCAGUCUAUUCUUUCUGGGCAUCAGUCAGUAGGACCCAGUGGUUGCAGCUCACUUGGGAAGGGACAUGGGCUCUGCAGUGUACCACAGUAACACUUGCUCCGUGCCACUCGCUUGUGUUGUCUACUUGUCCUCUGUGCAACCCAACUUUCUGACUUCUGGUAUACUGUUACAUUCUGGAAAAAUAUUGAGAGACCUACCAAGUCCCUCAUCAUUGUACUGAGCUUAUCCUUUAUGGAGGGUUUUAAAUUGCAUUCAA